AUGAGUAUCUUUAAUUCAUCUUUAUCUGACAGUUAUCUAUCGAGGUUAAUUUUCGAUGAAAUUGAACUAAAAAACAACGUUAAUCAAUACAUCAAAAAUAUGAAGAUGUUUGAAUGGUCUUGUAACUUUAAUCGUAUUUUUAUUAGUCCAGGGAACUCGUUUAAUAUAAAAUAUUUCAUUAAGUUUUUAUCGUCAAAGUUUGCUAAAAAUAACCGGAUGUCAAGAGCACGUGUCCUCUUAUCCAGCUCGAAUAAAGUAAAUCAACUAAUAUCCGAAGAAUCGCAAUCUAAUGUUUUAGGGUCUCAAUAUCCUACCAUUAUAAAUGAAUUAAAAGUGGAAGAAAAUGAUGAAUUUGUUGUUGAUGAUAUUAUUGAUAGGUUAACAGGCGUAGAAUUUUUUAGAUUAUUAAAUAUAGAACCGAGUAAACGAUUGGAAACAAUAAUGUAUAACUACUAUGUGCUUAAUAAAACUUUAGAAGAUGUAUCGUUCGAAAAAUUAGAUAAAUUGAGCAAUGAAGAAAUAGAAACAGAAGUUCCAUAUGAAAUAUACAUCGAAAAAGUAGAAGAUAAAUCGCUAAAUUUUAAAUUAAAAGAACAGUUAAAGACAAUAAUCAUUUGGUCUGGUCUUACAUAUGGAUUCGAACAAGAUUUGUUACAAUUUGCGUUCGACUCGGCUUGUAAAACUACCGAUUUAUUUCCAAUACCGAAUAGCCAAAAUCACGUACCUGUAAUACACGUUGAAAAUUUGGCUAGACUCUUACAUAAAAUAAUUUCUGAAGAUCAGACGCCAGAGUAUCAUUAUAUUUUUGCUGUUGAAAGUCCAAUAAAUACGUUAAAACAAAUCAUCACUGCUCUUGCUAAGUCAUGCGACGUAGCUAUUUCAACGGCUGUGUCAUUAAAUACAUUUAUUAAUAAAUAUGAACUCAAGGGCAUACAUAAACAAAUUUUGUCAGUCGAUAUUAAAAUCAAUUCCAGCAUUAACCAAUUAUGGCCCAAUUUCGAGUGGUACAACAAUAAAUCAUCGAUGCUGAAUUCAAUGAAAUAUUUAGUUGAAACAUACAAAAGAGCUCAUAAUAUUAAAAGUAUCAAGUUAAUUAUACUCGGUCCACCGGCUUCUGGUAAGACUAAACUCGCGCUUCAACUUGCCCAGUUUUAUGGUUUAAUCUACCUAGAACCCAAAACGAUAACUCAAGACUAUAUCAAUGGAAUUGUAAGUUUGAAAUUAUUUAUUUUUAAUAAACAAUGUAUGCGAUGCAUUAAUGGUGUCAAUGUAUUUUCUGAAGAGAGAAGAAAUAAGCUCACUGUACCAUAA